UGCGAAGCAGAUUGGAACCAUGGCUUAUCCCUUACUCUUCUGCCUCUUGCUCGCUCAUCUGGGAUUGGGAACUGCUAGCGCCAGCCGCGACCCUCCGGGACGGCUGGAUCCCCCUAGAGAGAGAACCCUGAGGCUGAAGCAGCACGCCCAGCAGCCGGCUCGAGCCUCUGCCUCGGAUUCCUCGGCUCCCUGGAGCCGCUCCACCGACGGCACCAUCUUGGCGCAGAAACUCGCCGAGGAGGUGCCCAUGGACGUGGCCUCUUACCUCUACAGCGGGGACUCCCACGAGCUGAAACGAGCCAACUGCUCCAGCCGCUACGAGUUGGCGGGCCUGCCGGGGAAGUCGUCAGCCCUAGCCAGCUCCCAUCCCUCCUUGCACGGGGCACUCGACACGCUGACACACGCCACUAACUUCCUCAACAUGAUGCUGCAGAGCAAUAAGUCGCGGGAGCAGAACUUGCAGGACGAUCUGGAGUGGUACCAGGCACUGGUGCGGAGUCUCCUGGAGGGCGAGCCCAGCAUUUCCCGGGCAGCCAUCACCUUCAGCACCGAGUCGCUGUCCGCGCCGGCCCCGCAGGUUUUCCUCCAGGCCACCCGCGAAGAGAGUCGCAUCCUGCUCCAGGACCUGUCCUCCUCGGCACACCACCUGGCCAACGCCACGCUGGAGACCGAGUGGUUCCACGGCCUGCGGCGCAAGUGGAGGACCCACUUACACCGCCGCGGCUCCAAUCAGGGGCCCCGGAGCCUGGGCCAUAGCUGGCGGCGCAGGGACGGGCUUGGCGGGGACAAGAGCCAUGUCAAGUGGUCUCCACCUUAUCUGGAGUGCGAGAACGGGAGUUACAAACCCGGGUGGCUGGUCACUCUCUCCGCUGCUUUCUACGGGUUGCAGCCUAACCUGGUCCCGGAAUUCAGGGGUGUUAUGAAAGUUGACAUAAAUCUUCAGAAAGUGGACAUUGACCAAUGUUCAAGUGAUGGCUGGUUUUCAGGAACUCACAAAUGUCACCUUAACAAUUCAGAGUGUAUGCCAAUUAAAGGCCUAGGAUUCGUGCUUGGAGCCUAUCAGUGCAUUUGCAAAGCAGGAUUCUAUCAUCCUCAAGACUUCUCACUGAACAACCUCCCGAGAAGGGAUCCGGAUCACCCUUUGGCAGGAAGUGCAAAAGAUGUGUCAGAAGAAGCCACAUGUCGCCUACCCUGCAGAGAGGGCUGCCCCUACUGUGCUGAUGACAGCCCUUGCUUUGUCCAGGAGGAUAAGUAUUUGCGACUUGCUAUCAUCUCCUUCCAAGCCCUGUGUAUGCUGCUCGACUUCGUUAGCAUGCUCGUGGUCUACCACUUUCGCAAAGCAAAGAGCAUCAGGGCAUCGGGCCUUAUUCUGUUGGAAACAAUUCUUUUUGGGUCUCUGCUUCUAUAUUUUCCGGUUGUUAUUUUGUACUUUGAGCCAAGCACAUUUCGCUGUAUUCUCCUAAGAUGGGUCCGUCUUCUCGGUUUUGCUACUGUUUAUGGAACUGUCACUCUCAAGCUUCACAGGGUUUUGAAAGUGUUUCUUUCACGAACAGCCCAACGGAUUCCGUAUAUGACUGGUGGACGGGUCAUGAGGAUGCUGGCAGUAAUGCUCCUGGUAGUAUUUUGGUUUCUUGUUGGCUGGACUUCAUCUGUUUGCCAGAAUUUGGAGAGGCAGAUUUCACUUAUUGGCCAAGGGCAAACAUCUGAUCACCUCAUCUUCAACAUGUGCCUCACUGAGCGCUGGGAUUACAUGACAGCAGUUGCUGAAUUUUUAUUCCUCUUGUGGGGUGUUUAUCUCUGCUAUGCAGUGCGGACAGUCCCAUCAGCAUUUCAUGAGCCACGCUAUAUGGCUGUCGCAGUUCACAAUGAGCUCAUUAUCUCUGCUAUAUUCCAUACAAUUAGAUUCGUUCUUGCCUCAAGACUUCAGUCUGACUGGAUGCUAAUGCUGUAUUUUGCACAUACUCAUUUGACUGUGACAGUCACCAUUGGGUUGCUUUUGAUUCCAAAGUUUUCACAUUCAAGCAAUAACCCACGAGAUGACAUUGCUACAGAAGCAUAUGAAGAUGAGCUAGACAUGGGCCGGUCUGGAUCCUACCUGAACAGCAGUAUCAAUUCAGCAUGGAGUGAGCACAGCUUAGACCCAGAAGACAUUCGGGAUGAGCUGAAGAAACUCUAUGCCCAGUUGGAAAUAUAUAAGAGGAAGAAGAUGAUUACAAAUAACCCCCACCUCCAGAAAAAGCGGUGCUCCAAGAAGGGCUUAGGCCGUUCAAUCAUGAGGCGUAUCACCGAGAUCCCAGAGACGGUGAGCAGGCAGUGUUCCAAAGAGGACAAGGAAGUCACAGACCACGGCACAGCCAAAAGCACUGCCCUGGUCAGGAAGAACCCGCAAGAGUCUUCAGGUAACACCGGGAAGCCCAAGGAGGAGUCCCUGAAAAACCGAGUCUUCUCCCUGAAGAAAUCCCACAGCACUUACGAUCAUGUGAGGGAGCACACAGAAGAGUCCAACAGUUUACCGGGGGAAAGCCAAGAAGAGGAGUCUACAGAACAUUCCACACUGGAGUCUCUGUCAAGUAAAAAAUUAACACAAAAACUGAAAGAAAACAGUGAGGCCGAGUCCACAGAGUCUGUGCCUUUGGUGUGUAAGUCAGCAAGUGCUCACAAUCUCAGCUCAGAGAAGAAGCAGGGGCACCCACGAACAUCCAUGUUACAAAAGUCUCUCAGUGUCAUAGCAAGUGCCAAGGAGAAGACUCUUGGAUUAGCUGGGAAAACCCAAACAUCAGGCCUGGAAGAACGUGCUAACUCCCAGAAACCUCUGCCAAAAGAUAAAGAAGCAAACAGAAAAUACUCAAAUUCAGAUAAUGCAGAGACUAAAGAUUCUGCCCCCCCAAACUCCAGUCAUUUGGAGGAGCCAAGAAAACCUCAGAAAUCUGGGAUUAUGAAGCAACAAAGGGUCAACCCGUCCACUGCCAAUUCUGAGAUGAGCCCAGGCACCACCCAGAUGAAGAACAACUUUGACAUAGGGGAAGUGUGCCCUUGGGAGAUUUAUGACCUGGCCCCUGGUCCCGUGCCUUCAGAAUCAAAAGUUCAAAAACACGUAUCUAUUGCAGCUUCUGAAAUGGAGAAAAACCCAACUUUUUCCUUAAAGGAAAAAUCUCAUCAGAAGCCUAAGGCAGCUGAACUAUGUCAGCAAACCAAUCAGAAGAGCGUAGACAAGGCUGAGGUAUGCCCUUGGGAGAGCCAAGGUCAGCCCGUUUUGGAAGAUGAGAAGAAUUUGAUUUCCAAGACUCAGGUUCCCCCGGGGAGGGCUAAAGGUGAGAAUGGCGGUCAGCGUUAUGCGAUAAACGUGUGUGCUGGGCAGUAUGAAGAGCUGCCCCCCAAAGCUGUAGCAUCAAAAGUAGAGAAUGGAAAUCUCAACCAAAUGGGAGACCAGGAACAAAAAACAUCUUCCCCUGAGGAAAAUGUGCCUGGCUCCUAUAACUCAAGUAAUAACUUUCAGCAACCUUUAACAUCGCGAGCUGAGGUGUGUCCUUGGGAGUUUGAGACCCCAGAUCUACCAAAUGCUGAAAGAAGUGCUUUACCUGCUGCCUCUUCCACUUCAAGUGCAAAUAAGAUAGCAGGGCCUCGGAAAUAAGAGGUCUGGGAUACUUGUGGGCGUAGCAUCCCCAGAAAGAAAAGGAGAAGAAGGAAGAAACCCUGAAUUCCACAGAAGAUAGAAAUUCCCAAAGAAUAUUUGUCAGUCAAGGGAAAGGGGAAAGACAAGGGCAGAAGAAGACCUGGAGGGCAGAGCAACAUCACAAUGGAGGAAUUAGACUGGCCUAGAGAAGUCUUUCCCCUGAGGACAUGAGGAGAAUCCUUACAUUUCGGCGUGUAGGGAGAGUAGCCCUCACCGUCUGCCCCUGAUCAGUAUUUGCCCAUGGCCCUUUGAAGAUCCUAAGCAAGGCAAACCAGAAGACACAGUAUGAGAUUGUGCAAAGAAGAAGAAGGUAUAGACAUAUACGACCGAAAUUCUAAGUAGCUAACUGAACUUACUUUACCUAUUUAACCUUGAUAGCACUGCUAACUUAAUGCAUCCCAAAAAUACCUUUUAUAUUAAUGAUUGCUCUCAUUUUCUUAUAAAUGUAUGUUUCAGUACAUGGUUGUGUCUCAUAUUCAAGCAUUCCAGGUUGUAUAACUUUUGCAAAUAACUUUGAUAUUAUGUGACACAACACAUUUAUGCAAUCUGCAGCUACUCAAUUGUUCUCGCAAGUUACAGAAUACCUGCUAUCUAUCAACUUUAGUUGAUUCUUGAAGUACAGUAAGCUUUCUCUGGCUUGGGAAGCCAUAACUGUUAUGAUAAACUCUUCUCGUUCUGGCUGUGGUUUAUAUAUAUUGUGAAUUUGGAUUUGACUCUAUUGUUUCACCUCAUGGUUUGUUAUACUGUCUUAAUCAGGGUUUUUUAUACAAGUUGAGUUACUUGUUUUGCACUUCUUGUUAGGACUCUGAGACCCAGCGGUCCUACUCUAGUCAUAUGUCUCAGUAAAGGACAACUUACCUAUUGUUUGUUCAGAGUCAGAGACAGGUAACGCCUUCAUUCCAAUCUAUUGUCCCUUUUAACUCUUUUCAGUAUUUCAUACUUAGCAGCAUUUCGUAAGGAAGAAGCUAAGAGUGAGAAAAAUAUACUGCACAUUAGUAUCACCACCGAAAGGGAAGACUCUAGGAAUGACAUGAGAAUUACAACAGUAAUUCUCUUCCCUGCAGAGCCAGGGAAUUUGCCUUUCAAAACACAGACAGAAAGGGAGCUACUGAUAGCACUUUCAAGGGAGUAUUUUUUUAAAGAGAAAAAUUAUGAUAGCAUCAAGAUCAUUG